CGGAUAUGAUAAAAUCCAGUUGAAUCAUACACCUACAGUACGCUCAUCGAGAACAGAAUCAAACAUUGAAUAACAAAAGAUGUGCGGUUAACCCUUUUAUAUCAACAUCAACAAAUACAGUUUGUUUUUCUUCAAAUACUGAUAUCUAGCAUUGUCUUGACCAAUGCAAAUUUUCAACCAAUAAAGGUAGAUGGCAGACAAGAAAACCGAUGAAUGAAGUAGUUUUUUGCUGUUACACCACUACAGGUCAGAUUCCCAAUUUGCUGGUACUGUGCAAUAUGUAUAGUGGGAAGGCAAAGUAUACAGACUUUGUAGACUUGUUUAUUUUCCAUCUCAAAAUAGCGUUGCAACGGAAAUCAGUGCACUGCGUUUUUGGGCUUUUCAGUACUUUUUAGUGUUUCAGCUGUAUGACCUUUCCAACGUCGGCUUCUCCCGUUGUGCUACAGUCAACGAGAAUAACUGAAAAUCAGUCUUUUUUCAUUAGUUCAGACAUUUGGGAUUGGUCAUUGAAUCGAGUGAGACUACUG